AACUGUGACACCACGCAGUGUGUCACAAUUAGCUGUGAGAUCAAUGAUGAGUUGAAAGAUCGUGAGGAUGUGACAGUUACCGUGACAGCCCGGAUCAAUGAACUAGCUCUCUACGAUUUGAAGAUUGAUGAGACAGAAGCUGUGUUGGUGAGCAGCGCGGAGGUGCAGCUACCUGCGACCAUCAUGCAGCCCGACGACGGCAGGCCUGACUCCGCUACGGUGAGCACGUCACUCGUACCGGAGACGGCCCCCGAGCAGAGCGCCACGAUCCCGAUAUGGAUCAUCAUCAUUGCCGUCGUCGCCGGAAUCCUCCUGCUCAUCAUCGUCAUCGUCGUCCUCGUCAAGUGUGGCUUCUUCAAUCGUAAAGAGAAGGACGAACUGGAGAAACUAAAGCGACUGAGUGACUUUGAGCCAGAGCUGAUGGGCUAGUCUGUGGGCGGCAACGUGUCUACACGCGGGAAUCUCAUCAUCGAUGGAACGUCGGCGACAGUCUAGUCUGUGGGCGGCAACGUGUCUACACGCGGGAAUC